CGUCACUUCUUACCUUGGAGUAACCAUCACUGGUAACCACAAAUUAACGCAUGAUCUCCCAGAAUAUCAUUGAAUGUGUGCGUCAAAAGGUGAUGACGUUUCUACAUUAUGCGUCGCCGUGAAGGUUUAAAAGCUCGUUUCGAAAUUACAAGGGAUAUAUUUUGCUGUGGACUACGUUUUAAAGAUCUUUUGGAAACUUUAACGUCAGACUAACUUGCGUACAGGAGGAACGUAUACAGAUUUUGUUGAAAUAUGGACACUGGUUUAGAUGGUCGAAUUUUCCCAGUUAAUCUCACUGAUGAUCCAAACAAAGUCGAUUACGACUGCAUCGUUUUCGUUAGCGAAAAUUUGGACUUUACUGAUCCAAAUCUGGAAUUUUUGAAAGCCCCACUUCAACAAAGAAAAGCGAAUGACUCGAAUUUUGAGAAGGACGUCAGUGUGAUUGAUAUCGAUAGCAAUGUAAAACGUCUGGUGUACGCACCAACAGGACCUGUUAACCGUGAUUACGAUGAUCCAAGACGAUACUAUGAUGCCGCUUGCAAUGGAAUGAAGAGAGCCGUCAAGGCAGGAGCAAAGAAACCUGUUUUGGCCAUUCCAUCCGAAACUUCGUUUGAACAGGCUUGGUCAGUGUCGGCAUUUGGGGCUCUUCAUGCAUUGUACACGCCCAUCGAAGUCGCUGUAUUUGACCAAACAAAAGCGAAAAAAGUUGACUUCUUGGAGAUUUUCUAUUCAGGGGAUAGUGGUGAUCAGCUCUUGAAUUAUGUGAACGCUGUGGAAAUUGGAAGAAUGGUUUGUCGUGACAUCGCUGCUUCUGAUCCGGAAUUCUCGUGUACCAGCGAGGUGGAAAAAUACGUCCUCAAGGUCCUUGGUGAAGAUCCAACGAUCACGAUAACUGUCACCAAGGGCACUGAAAACCUCGAGCAAAGUUAUCCAUUACUGGCAGCCGUUAACCGUGCCGCUUCUGUCACUGAACGUCACCAGGGGCGUAUUAUCAACUUUGAAUACAAUCCUCUGCAGAGGGCAGCGAUCCUGAAUACUUUGAUGUUGGUUGGCAAGGGUGUUGCGUACGAUACAGGUGGAGCUGACAUCAAGACCGACGGUAAUAUGCCUGGUAUGAACAGGGAUAAGUCUGGAGCGGCUGCCGUUGCAGGAUUCUUUAAGACUCUGUCCAUUCUUAGACCAGCUGGCAUCCGAGUUCGUGGAACAAUGGCAAUGGUCCGUAACAGUGUUGGAGCAGAAAUGUACGUUGGUGAUGAAAUUAUCACUGCUGCAUCUGGUGUGAGGAUUCGAGUGAACAACACUGACGCUGAGGGACGAUUUGCAAUGGGAGAUUGCCUUUAUCACAUGAAACAAGAGGCUAUUGGACAAGUCAAUCCUCAUAUUUACACAUUUGCCACUCUCACCGGUCACUGCAUUAGGACUUAUGGAGAGCAUUAUUCAGGGAUUAUGGAGAACGGACCAGCCAAGAAUCAGAAUAUUUGCAAGGCUUUUCAAGCAGCUGGAGAUGCUUUUGCUGAGCCGUGUGAAAUCUCCACAAUGCGUCGCGAGGACUUUGACGCGACCGUGUCUAAAACGGAGUACGAGGAUUACCUUCAAGACCAAAGAGGCGGGUAUCGCGGGCAUCAGUAUGCUGGCGUUUUCUUGCAACGGGCGUCUGGUUUGGACAAGCAUGGUACAGACUCUGAAACCCAGCUACCAUAUGUGCAUAUUGACAUCGCUGGAUCCAGCGGAGAGUAUCCUAACAUGCCUACUGCCACACCUCUUCUGGGUCUCUCUGCUCUGUACCUGCGUGACCGCGUUGUUGGCAUAUAAAGCAGCGAACACAAGAAAAGACACGCGAAAAGAAAAUGAUAAUAGAUAGUUUAUAGUUAAUCAUCAUUAUAUCAUUCAGAUCAAUUUCCUGCAUGUUUUCAAACAAUUCUAAAUAAAUCUGAC